AUGCAUUUCCCCCUUCAUCCGUUGUCGGCGCAGACGAUCGCUCUGCUGGCGCUCUCUGCGUCAACAGCAAACGCGGCCUCUGUCCCAAAACUUCCAAAUUGCCGCUCCCACCAGUACCCAGGCCCCCGCAACCCUAGCUUCGAGAAAGGCCUCGAAGGAUGGCGUGUUGCGAGCGGUGAUGCCUUCGGAAGCAACUCAGUCUCUUCUGAAACCUCCUACUGGGGCGGCCCCUUCGGCCAGACCGGCAAAAGCUUCAUCCUGGGCACCGCACAGGGCGGAGAGAAAGCCGUGGGAGAGUUGAAGUCGAGCUCUUUCCGGGCAAGCUCCGUCAUGAGCUUCCUCAUUGGCGGCGGCUAUGAUGCUGAGAAGCUUUACGUUGGUCUCGUGAGAGACAAAGACAAUAAACUUCUUCUCAAGCAGACAGGCGCCAACGACGAAGCUUUGAUCCGUGUCACGUGGGAUACCAGCAAGUGGGCAGGACAGCAAGUGCACAUUGUCGUGCACGACAGUAGCACUUCCGAAUCGUGGGGCCAUAUCAACGUCGACGACAUUCGCGUUGGCUGCGAUGCAUUGGGAGAUGGCAAGGACCUCACAUUCAACACUUUUGGCCAGGCAAAUCAGCCAGCCGCUCACAGCUCGCCGUCCUGCUCCCUCAUGGCAGCAGACCCUAUGCGUCCCCAGUUCCACUACACUCAGUACCAGGGUUGGAUUAACGAUCCGGCCGGGCUCAGCCAGUGGAAGGGCCGCCAUCAUCUCUUCAGCCAGUUCUACCCUGACGCUCCUUUCUGGGGUCCCAUGUACUGGUCGCAUGCUGCGAGUGUUGACGCGGUACAUUGGCGUGAGCUGCCCAUUGCGUUGUCUCCCAGGGACACAGAUGACCCCAAGGAUACUUCUGGGCGCUUCACGGGAGCAGCAGUCGUCGAUAAACUUCAUGGAAACAAGCUGCGCCUCAUCUUCACCGACUACACGGACACUGCUUUCCACCCUGACGUAGUGCAGGAGGUGGUGUCCACCGCAACCAGCAAGGAUGGCAUCCGCUUCGAACUCGACUCCAACAAUCCUAUCAUCCCACGCCCUCCUCCAGGCGCACCCAAGUUCUUCCGCGACCCAAAGCCCUUUUACGAUCCUACAGACAAAACAUGGAAGAUGGUCAUUGGCUCAAGCAACGAUGUCAGUGGCCGAGUCUUGCUGUACAGCUCCAAGGACCUGCUCUCCUGGAGCUACGUUGGCAUCUUGUACACAGGUGACGGCAGCACGGGCGACGUCUGGGAGUGUCCAAACUUCUUUCCCCUUGGCGAUAAAUGGGUUCUCUUCUACGGCGGCAACGCGCUGGGAUGGUAUGAGACGGGCACGUACAAUGGCACCGUCUUCACGAGCGAGAAGCGUGGGCUCAUUGAUGCUGGUCCUGAUAGUUAUGCCAUGCAGUGGUACAAGGAUGAGACGGGGCGUGACUUGGCUAUUACUUGGAUGGGUAACUGGCCUACUUCCAAAUGGCCGAGCCGCAUUAAUGGAUGGGCUGGUUCGCAGUCAGUGACCAGGGAGCUUUUCAUCCGUGAUGAUGGGGGUCUUGGUAGCCGUCCCAUUAAGGCGCUCGACAAACUUGCAGCUGGCCCGGCGAAGAAUUUUGGACGGCGUAGCGUUGGUGAGACUCCUCUGGUCAUCGGCAGCUCCAACACAGCGAGGCUGCAAGUCGCGGUAGACCUCGGCGCUACAACGGCGUCGUCUUUCACUAUAUCGCUCUUCAAGUCAAAGGCAGAGUCGGUUCUGUUGACUUACACCACGGCUGACCAUACUCUGACCCUCGACACAAGUGACGCUGGGUACGGGCAGGCGGGGACUUGGAAGGCCGUCAUUGAUGCAUCGCACAAGGACAAGCUGAUUCUGGAUAUCUUUGUCGACCGAUCAAGUCUGGAGAUCUUUGCUGGUGAUGGAACAGUCAUGACUGCUAAUGUUUGGCCGCGAUACCAGGAGUCCAAGGACAUCACGAUUGCUGGACGUGAUGGGAAUGCAGUCUUGGAUUCGGUCAAGCUCGCGCCUCUUGGCUCCAGCUGGUGUUAG